AAUUUUGAGGGUUUAGUGCUUUGUUUGGCUUGAAUAUUUUUGAGGGUUUAGUGCUUUAGGUUUCGCCGCCGCCGUUCAAGUUCCUUGCCACCGCCGUUCAAGCUCCCUCACAGUGAUGGAGGGGAUUGAAAUGGAACUGCCUUUCCCGGAGAACUCGUCAGAUGACUUCUGCAAUACUGUAUUAUCACAAUUUUGCGAUUCCAACAAUGAGCACCACGUCCACAUCUGCACCGCCAUUGGUACAAUGUCACAGGAGCUCAGAGAGCAGAGUUUUCCUCUUACGCCAAUUGCUUACUUCGGUGCUACUUGUUCCUCACUCCAAACCCUAUAUACCGCUGCCCCUGAAGGACCGCCAUCCCAUCUUAUUGAUGCUCUUUCCACGAUUUUGUCUCUCGUUAUUCCUAGAAUAAACCAAGCUAUGUUGAGGAAGAAGUAUGAAUAUUUAUCUGAUGUUAUGAUUCAACUUCUUGGAUUGAAGACUAUUGGUAUUGAAGGGAUUGUUUCGUGCUUGAAGUGUGUUGUGCAUUUGCUAAUUGUUGGAGCCAAGGGGAACUGGUCUGAUGUCGCUCAACUUUAUGGUCUGUUUAUUGGGUAUAUAACAGAUGAUCGGCAAAAGGUGAGGAAGAUGUCACAUAAUUGUCUACGUGAUCUCCUGCAAAACUUUCAGUCAUCAUCUGUGCUUGCUCCUCUAUUGGCACCUGCUAGUGAGGCAAUCACAAAUCUCUUUGAAAGGUCCCUUCUUCUUGCAGGAGGAACAACUGUAAAUGCCUCUGAAAGACCCAAAGGAGCACAAGAAGUCUUACACGUGCUGGAUGCUCUGAAACUUUGUCUUCCUUUUAUGUCUUCAAAGUACUUGAAUAGCACUUUGAAGUACUUCAAAUCUUUAUUGGAAUUGCAUCAGCCUCUUGUUAAUAGGCGCAUUACAGAUGGUUUGAAUGCUCUUUGUAUCCAUCCAACAGCAGAAGUAUCUCCAGAAGUGCUUUUGGACCUCUUGGGUUCAUUUGCUGCUUCAGUUUCUGCAAAUGAGUCAUCUGCUGAUACUUUGACAUUCACAGCUCGCUUACUUGGCAUUGGGAUGAGAAAAGUAUAUUCAAUUAACAGGCAAUUAUGUGUGGUUAAGCUCCCUGUGGUGUUCAACUCUCUUAGUGAUGUACUGGGUUCUGAACAUGAGGAAGCUAUAAGGGCUGCGCUGGAGGCACUCAAGAGCUUAAUACAUGAAUGCAUUGAUGAAAACUUGAUCAAACAGGGUGUGGAUAACAUAAUUAGUUCGAAUACUGAUAUGAAAAAAUCUGGACCAACUAUCAUUGAGAAAAUCUGUGCCACAAUUGAGAGCUUGCUUACCUAUCACUAUGCAGCAGUCUGGGACAUGUCAUUUCAAGUGGUGGUUGCCAUGUUUGAUAAGCUAGGUUGCUAUUCUUCUCACCUUCUGAAGGGAACACUACAGAGUUUGGCUGAUAUGGAAAAGUUGCCAGAUGAAGACUUCCCUUUCCGUAGACAGCUGCACGAAUGUGUUGGAUCAGCUGUUGGUGCAAUGGGACCUGAAUCUUUUCUUACUCUUCUUCCUCUUAAACUGGAUGCACAAGAUCUAUCAGAAUCCAACAUCUGGCUUUUCCCAAUUCUAAAGCAAAAUAUUGUUGGUGCGCAUUUAAGUUUCUUUACCAACUCAAUUUUGUCGAUGGUUGCAGCUAUGAAGCAGAGGUCUGCAAUGCUUGAGCGCGAGGGAAAGAUAUAUUCAGCGAGAACUAUUGAUGGAAUUGUGUACUCAUUGUGGUCACUGUUACCCUCAUUUUGCAAUUACCCUGUGGACACUGCUGAAAGCUUCAAGGAUCUGGAGAAGGUUUUCCGCAAAGCUCUACAUGAAGAGCCUGAUGUUUGUGGGAUAAUAUGCUCCAGUUUGCAGAUCCUCAUUCAGCAGAACAAUAGUAUUUUAAAAGGGAAAGUGGAUUUGUCUGAUACUGAAACAAGCGUUUCCAGAGAACGAGCCAUUGCACGUUACAACCAGCAAGUUGCAGAUAAUAACUUGAACACAUUGAGCCUUUCUGCUCAGAAACUGCUGCCUGUUCUCUAUGACGUCUUCUUGAAAUCCUCUAAAGAUACUGGUGGAUUUUUGCAGAGAACAAUUGGUGUAUUGGCCUCUAUUGCUGACAAAGUGAGAGAAAAGAGUCUCGACCAAUCCAAAGGAAAAAGAAGGGUGGUAAGAGUGCUAUUUACGAAAAUCAUGCAGAGGCUUUUGGAGGUGACCCAAGAAGUUGGGGAGGCAGGGAAGGACAAAAAAUCGCAUUCAAUGCAGAUUGAUGACUCAUCCAGUAAAAGUUCUUUGUUGGAGAGGGCACAGUUGUUUGACCUGGCAGUUUCAUUCUUGCCUGGUUUAAAUGCUCAAGAAAUUGGUGUGCUGUUUGGUGCUUUAAAGCCUGCUUUAAAGGACGAGGAAGGCUUGAUCCAGAAGAAGGCAUAUAAAGUUCUCUCCAUGAUCCUUCAGGACUGUGAUGAAUUUAUUUCAACGAAGACCGAAGAGUUGCUUAAUUUGAUGAUUGAAGCACUACCUGCCUGUCAUUUUCCAGCCAAGCGUCACAGACUUGACUGCCUAUACUUUUUGAUUGGCCAUGUUACAAAGGAUGAAUCAGAACAGAGGAGGCGUGACAGUAUUACUUCUUUUAUGACUGAAAUUUUGCUUGCACUCAAAGAGGCUAACAAGAAAACAAGGAACCGAGCGUAUGAGAUUCUUGUCAAGAUUGGCCAUGCUUGUGCAGAUGAGGACAAAGGUGGCAGAAAGGAGAACCUGCAUCAGUUUUUUAAUAUGAUUGCUGGGGGUCUUGCCGGGGAAACACCUCAUAUGAUCAGUGCAGCGGUUAAAGGCCUAGCUCGACUUGCUUAUGAAUUUUCAGACCUUGUUUCUGCUGCUUACAGCGUCCUACCAUCAACAUUUCUUCUCCUUAAGAGAGAGAACAAAGAAAUAAUUAAGGCUAAUUUAGGGCUGUUGAAGGUACUGGUCACAAAAUCGACUGCCGAUGGAUUGCAAGCACAUUUAAAGAACAUGGUAGAGGCCCUUCUUGGUUGGCAAAAUAGUACCAAGAACCAUUUCAAAGCCAAGGUUAAGCUGCUUAUUGAAAUGCUUAUCAAGAAGUGUGGAUUGGAUGCUGUAAAAGAGGUGAUGCCUGCAGGGCAUAUGAAACUCCUUACUAACAUAAGAAAGAUCAAGGAGCGAAGAGAUAGGAGCCUCGCCUCAAAUUCUGAGGAAAGCAAGUCCCGUAUGACAAAAGCAACAACAUCAAGGCUAAGCAGAUGGAAUCAUACAAAAAUAUUUUCUGAGUUCGAUGAUGGAGAAUCUGAGAAUAGUGAUGCAGAAUAUAUGGAGACGAAAACUACUGCUGGUCGUAGGAGCAAGGCUACAUUAGUAUCAGACUCCAAAGCAUCUUUAUUACGGUCCAAGAAAACACGGAAAUUAGCCAAGAGUUUGCAGGAAGAUCUGUUUGAUCAAUUAGAUGAUGAGCCACUUGACUUACUUGACCAGAAGAAGACCAGGUCAGCUCUUAGAGCAUCUGGCAAUCUCAAGAGGAAGCCUGAAUCAGAAGAUGAAGCAGAAAUAGACUCUGAAGGCCGUUUGAUUAUUCACGAGGGAGAUAAGAAGCAAAAACGAGUCAAGCCAGCUACUGAUGAUUUAGAUGUAAGAAGCAAAGCAGGGAGUCGCUUUUCCGAGAGCUCAAGGAAUUCUCAGAAACGGAGGAGAACGUCUGAUUCAGGAUGGGCGUACACUGGAACAGAGUAUGCAAGCAAGAAGGCAGGUGGUGAUGUCAAGAAGAAAGACAAACUUGAGCCAUAUGCCUACUGGCCCCUUGACCGCAAGAUGAUGAGCCGGAGGCCUGAACAUCGGGCAGCAGCACGAAAAGGAAUGUCAAGCAUUGUGAAGCUAACAAAGAAGCUUGAAGGCAAGAGUGCAUCAUCUGUGCUGUCCGCAAAGAGAUCUAAGACUAAAAAGAAAACCAGAUCUCAAAAAUAGAAGGAUGAAGGUGAAGUCUGAUUUGAUGAUGCUACGUCAAGAUGGAGAGCUCUGUCCAGAGGCUCGGUAGUUUUCGUGCCAUAGUUUGUACUUGGGGCUUCUGGAUAUCCAGUACCCUGUGUUUUUUUGCGUGUCCUUUUUUCAUUUAAUUCAUCCAUGUAUAUCACCUUCAACAGGUGAUUUGUUUUUUUGAUAGGGUUGUAGGUAGGAAAUCGAGUGUACGUAUGCAAAUGCAUUCAAUACAAGCUACUUGAGUUGGUGAGUUAUUGGUAAUAUAUUAUUGCAAUAUGCAAUUACAUAAAGUAUAUCCGAGUCAUCUGUAAUAUACUAGUAAAUUUAUUGAAUGCAUUUGAUUUGCAUUUUGCAGUUUUAACCAA